AUGUGGGAAGACGAUCCAAUACAAAUACAAUCGCAAUGUUUACCUAUUCCAGGACGAGAUGUUGAAUCGGCUGGAGUAACAACAUUUUGUGAUUUAACAAUAGAUGACCAAUGCGUAUUUGAUUAUUAUAAACAUGUAAUAAGUGAAAGAAUUCGUCAAGAGCCAGAUUUACAUUUUCCUGAGAAUUUUGAAUUCGUUCCAACAAGUGUUGCUAAACAAAUUGAAUCACCUGAUAAUUGUUAUUUUCGUAUUGAUUUACCUCAUUCAAUUGUUACAAUCAAAAUUAUUCCUAAUCCACGUGUUCAUGAUCUUUCAAAACAUAUAACUCUUCAACGAAAACCUUUUGUGCAUAGAAAAUCUUCUGAUGCUGAACUCAUCUUAUAA